CACCCAUGUUGAAGCCUGGGGGAUGGAGGCGAAGCUUCAGCCCGUCAGCUGACAACAAGAGCGUGUUCCCCAGGGGGUGGCCGUCUCUACCACUCUGCAGCCCUGAAUCAGAGGAGAAGCAGUCCUGUGCGGCUCGGUCUGGGCGGCGCAGGCAAAGGCUGUUGGCUCCCUUGGCUGUCGUCGGGGCUUUGCUCACCGGACGACGGCUGGGCCACACGGUACAGCCCACGCUCAAAUGUCAGUUUAGACUCGGAUCGGGAUGGAUCGCCUGGGUCUCGUCGCCAAGCUUUUCUGGCACCGAGCCCGACGGCAACACUCCCGCAGGCCGGUAUUGUACGACGGUAAUCCCUGCGUCGCCUUACCGGCAGCUCGGCACCUCACAGUACGUACCAACGUGCCUACUUACGGCCGACGCAUGCCCGUUUCGCGCGACGGAUAUCGAACGGACCACAAAGUACACGGGACCAACCAGUCGAAAGAACAAACCAAGGCGGAGCUAUUUCGAUUCGAUUCGAUUCGAGAGAGUGAGUGAGUGUGUGUGUGAGUGUGUGUGUGUGCGGGUGUCGCGCAAGCGUGCGUUUGAGCGGCAGAACAAGCCACCAUCAUUUGCUACUUUGUCUAUUGCUUCGGCCAUACCUAAUGUCAGUCUCGAAAGCACCCAGGUGACCGUCCAACAGGCAGGCAUGCAAGUCAGGCAACAAAAAACCAUCCCAUCCUCUUGGCGGACAUGGUGAAUCCUAGAAUCUAUAGGUCAGCUCUGGAAGCAAAGCCACUCAGCUGAGUCCAAAAUGCUUCCCCGGAUGAUGCCGCCGCCGACAUGGGAGCGCGCGACGCUGAGCAAAAAAAAAAAAAAAAAAGCCACAACCC